GGUAUUCUAGCGAUUGUCGUUUGCUUGGUGGUGGCUGUAAGUGCAGCUCCUUCACCCAAGCGUGAGAAACGUGCAAUCAUAACCGGGGCUAUGGUAGCAAGUGCCAUUGGAGACGUCGUUAUGGGCUUAUUGGUGGUGGUAGCACUUGCGGUGGCGGUACAGGGUGCCCCCAAGAGAGAGAAGCGGUUCGCUAUAAUUGGUGGACUUACCGGCAAAGCACUUCUUGGCGCUAUCAAAUCUGGAGCUGCUAAGAUUAAAGGCAGCGAUGUGAUGAAAAAUAUCGGAAAUGGCCUGCUUGGAGUCAUUGGAGAUCUUACUGAUGCUAUAUUUGAAAGGCAUUUCGAAAGCUCUGAAGAGGUCAUCGAAGAACGAUUGAUCCGUUUCACUCCAAAGGGCGAGACAACUGUGAUAGUAACGGACAUGGAUACUGGCAUCAGAGUCACAGCAAGAGGAGCAGAUAUGACGGAAGCCACAUCUACAGGUAUCGCCCGCCUCUGGACAGAGCUGAUCAGACGUAACAAAAUACACGUUGCCCCAACCGCACCUCCACCCACAAAAGGACCUUGCCAUGACAAACACGGACGCUAUUGCCUCAACUACGCCAGAUACGGAUAUUGCGAAAAGGGAUCCUCCUUCCACAAAUUCAUGAGUGAGAAUUGCCGUGCCACAUGCAGCGGAUGUACAAAGGAACACUUCUAAUCCAGCCAUAUAUCACGUCGGAUCGGUCUCUGUUAUCUGUAUAUGUUUUUACAAAGUUGAGUAAAAGUAAGAAAUGUAGUUUGUUUUUGUCUGAUAGUGUAAA